AUGAGCCCUGGAGAGUCUGUGUUCAAUUAUACAGACUAUCUUCUGGCAGGCAAUGAUUCAGUGAUUGAACCCGAUCUUAACAUAGAUGCCGCCGAUCUGGCUUUCCCAACCUCCAUCAGGAUCACAGCUACUUUUUUUUGUGUAGUGAUCUUAGUAUUGGGAACAACUGGGAACAUUUUGGUACCCAUUGUUGUGUGUUGUACAAAAGAGCUGAGAAACUCCACUAAUAUCUUCCUCAUCAACCUAAGUGUAGCUGAUUUACUGGUUUUACUGGUCUGUAUGCCCACCGUGUUGAUAGAGCUUCAUUCUAAGCCGGAGGUUUGGGUUCUUGGAAAAGGAAUGUGUAAAGCUGUUCCAUUUGUGGAACUAGCAGUAGCUCAUGGAUCCAUCCUGACCAUCUUGGCCAUCAGCUUUGAGCGCUACUACGCCAUCUGUAAACCACUAAAGGCCAGCUACAAGUGUACCAAGAUAAGGGCUCUGGUCAUCAUUGUUUUGGUGUGGGUAGUUUCAGUCCUCAUAACUAGCCCUAUGUUAGUUAUAGCGGAGUAUACACACACUGAAUAUGUAGACGGAUCUACUGUUCCUAUUUGUCUGACCCAAGCUAUUACCAUCUGGAAAAAAUCCUACUUCUUUCUCAUAACUGUUGUCUUUUUCUGGGUUCCACUCAUAGUUCUACUUGUAAUUUAUGGGAUGAUUUCCAAGCGGUUAGUGGUGGAUCGAAUUCUUUUCACUUCCACUCCUGAAAAUUCCCAGGUUCUCGCUCGGAAGCAAGCAGUGGUGAUGCUAGCAGCUGUGAUGGUGUGCUUCUUCGUUUGCUUAAUGCCUUUCCGAUCGUUCACAAUAUGGUCCAUCACAGCAUCUCCGGAGCAAGUCCAGUCUCUUGGGAUGGAAGGUUACUACGUACUUCUUUACUUCUGUCGUGUGAUGCAUUAUCUCAACUCCGCCAUCAACCCGAUCCUCUACAAUGUCAUAUCUUCCAACUUCAGAGAAGCUUUUGUCCGCUUGCUGCAGUGCGCAGCUUCACGUCACCUCUUACGUCAAGGUACUUUGACAACAACGAGUUCUUUAAAUCACCACAUCAAACAUAUCUCUCUUAAUGGUAAAAAAUGCUACCACACUUCAUGUUCAGUAAAAACUUCGUGUGCAGAAACGUAUGUCUAA